AUGUUCUAUUUAAUACAAUACUCGAUUUCCAAUUUAAAUGCUUUUAUCUUAAUUAUUACGAUAGGAUACUCAUUAUAUUGUUAUACACAGAAUGAUAAGUACUCACCUAUUCUUGAGCCUAUACACGAUAAAGAAGAAAUCGUAAAAGAGGAAAUGGGUAAAAAGGAAUAUAUUAAGGAAGAAAAAGAUAAAGAUAGUAAUAAUACCGACGCAAUAAACUCGCCUAUCCAGCUAAUUGAUCAAUUAAAAGGCUAUUUCAUUGCAUGGUGA